UUUCUAGAAAUAUCAUUAUUAGGAAUGAAUAAUGAUACAUCUGGUUUUCUUCUCUGGAAAUUCUCAGAAAUUUGGGAGCUACAGAUUAUGCACAUGACUUUACUAUUGAUACUCUAUUUAAUGACAUUAUCAGGGAACCUUGUCAUCAUCUCUGCUAUUGUGUUUGACCAGCACCUUCACAGCCCCAUGUACUUCUUCCUGUUGAAUUUAGCCAUGCAAGAUAUUGGGUCCAUUUCAGUAAUUGUCCCCAAAGCUAUUUUUAAUUCUCUUAUGAAUACUAGGGCUAUUUCUCAUGCUGGAUGUGUUGCUCAAGUCAUGUUCUUCUUCUAUUUCUUGACCUGUGAUGUAACCCUCCUAACUGUGAUGGCAUACGAUCGGUAUAUUGCCAUUUGUAACCCUUUACAAUAUGAAAUGAUAAUGAAUAGGAAGGCCUGUACCAAAAUGAUUGGCAGUGUAUGGACAGCUGGCUUUCUCAAUGCUUCAUUACACAGUACUGUCACUUUUCUUACUCCUUUCUGUUCUAAGAUUAUUAAUCAGUUUUACUGCGAAAUCCCUUAUUUACUUAAGAUUGCUUGUUCUAGUUCAUAUAUAUAUGAAAUUGGAGUUAUGAUCUUCACUGGUACAUUAGCACUGGGUUGUUUUGUUUUUGUACUUCUGACUUAUGUGCAUAUCUUCUCUGCCGUUCUGAGAAUUCCUUCAGUUGAAGGAAGAACAAAAGCCUUCUCUACUUGCCUACCACACAUUAUUGUUUUCUCCAUUUUUUUCUUUACUGCUAGUUUUGCUUAUCUAAGAGUCAUAUCUGACAGUCCACCCCAUCUUGAUUUCAUAAUUACAAUAAUGUAUUCCAUUGUUCCACCCAUGAUGAAUCCGUUAAUCUACAGCAUGAGAAACAAGGACAUCAAAGUUGCUCUUUCAAGACUUUAUGCUCACAUAUCACUGCAGUUUAAAGAAAUGUGA